UGCGAAGCGCGCCGCCGCAGUAGCAGGAGUCUAGCCCGCGGGGAAGGAGGGUGUCUCUAGCGGGAGCCUCUGAGGCGUCCUAUAGCGGAGCGGACAGCUGGUUGGUGCUUGGACCACGCCGCGGCAGCAGGUCCCUCCACGUGCUCUCGGCGGCGCCAUGGAACUGGAGGAGUCGGGGAUCCGUGAGGAAUGUGGUGUGUUCGGGUGCAUCGCUUCUGGAGACUGGCCCACGCAGCUAGAUGUGCCGCAUGUGAUCACUCUGGGACUCGUGGGGCUUCAGCACCGAGGUCAGGAGAGCGCUGGUAUUGUGACCAGUGAUGGGAGUUCGGUGCCUAAAUUCAGGGUGCAUAAGGGAAUGGGUCUUGUAAAUCAUGUUUUUACCGAAGACAAUUUGAAGAAAUUGUAUGUCUCAAAUCUUGGAAUCGGACACACGAGGUACGCCACCACGGGGAAAUGUGAGCUGGAAAAUUGCCAGCCCUUCGUUGUUGAGACUCUUCAUGGGAAAAUAGCAGUGGCCCAUAAUGGUGAACUGGUGAACGCAGCUCGGCUGAGGAAGAAGCUUUUGCGGCAUGGUAUUGGGCUCUCCACGUCCUCUGAUAGUGAAAUGAUUACCCAGUUACUCGCGUACACCCCUCCUCAGGAACAAGACGAUACUCCAGACUGGGUAGCAAGAAUUAAGAACUUAAUGAAGGAAGCGCCUGCAGCGUACUCUCUGGUUAUAAUGCACAGGGAUGUCAUUUACGCAGUACGCGAUCCUUACGGAAAUCGUCCUCUGUGCAUCGGCCGUCUCAUGCCACUUUCUGAUAUGAAUGACAAAGAGAAAAAAUCUUCAGAAACUGACGGAUGGGUGGUGUCUUCAGAGUCGUGUAGCUUUUUAUCUAUUGGUGCGAGGUAUUGCCAUGAAGUCAAACCUGGAGAAAUUGUAGAAAUAUCCAGACAUGGUAUCCGAACUCUUGAUAUAAUUCCAAGGUCUAAAGGAGACCCUGUGGCUUUCUGUAUCUUUGAAUAUGUUUAUUUUGCAAGACCAGAUAGUAUGUUUGAAGACCAGAUGGUUUAUACCGUAAGGUACCGAUGUGGUCAGCAGCUGGCGAUUGAAGCACCCGUGGAGGCGGACUUGGUUAGCACAGUUCCAGAAUCUGCUACACCUGCAGCUCUGGGAUAUGCGACAAAGUGUGGGCUGCCAUAUGUGGAGGUGCUGUGUAAGAACCGGUAUGUAGGAAGAACCUUCAUUCAGCCAAACAUGAGGUUAAGACAACUCGGUGUUGCAAAGAAAUUUGGCGUGUUGUCUGACAACUUUAAAGGCAAAAGAAUUGUUCUCAUAGAUGAUUCGAUUGUGAGAGGCAAUACUAUCUCACCCAUCAUAAAACUCCUCAAAGAAUCCGGUGCAAAAGAGGUGCACAUCCGAGUUGCUUCACCACCGAUAAAAUAUCCAUGCUUCAUGGGAAUAAACAUUCCUACAAAAGAAGAGCUCAUAGCCAAUAAACCAGAAUUUGAAUGUCUUGCAGAAUACCUCGGAGCUAACAGCGUGGUCUAUCUGUCAGUGGAAGGACUGGUUUCAUCUGUGCAACAGGAAAUAAAAUUCAAGAAGCAGAAACUGAAAAAACGUGAUAUUUCAAUUCAAGAAAAUGGGAAUGGUGUGGGCUAUUUCGAGAAGACAGGACACUGUACGGCCUGCCUCACUGGGCAGUACCCUGUGGAUCUGGAAUGGUAGCUGCCUGGGCAGACAUGCUGCGUCCAGUCUGAAAGGUCAUCAAGUGGUUUACAUAUUGUCACUCAGUUGAUACAAAAUGGACACCACAUGCUUAUGUAUAUAUACCUUAAACUUUGAGAUUUUCUUAGGUUGAUAAAUUGGUAAAAUUGAACCACAAGAACUGACUUACCCGAGAGAAGGCAGGAGGUUAGCGGCAUUUCCCAGACCCAUGUUUGAAAGGUUUAUAAGAGGCUAGAUUAGGGGUGUUACGUACACAGGGUGGGGCUUUAUAAAGUCCCAUUCAUGAAGAAUUUGAAUUCAUCGUGCCCCAUAGGUAGUCCAUACAGUCAAGCCUGUAAUUAUAGCCUUCAUCUUAGAUUCUUCCAUCCCAUGCACACGUGUGGCUCUGGGGACCAAUGUACAACUCUUAAAAAAUGAAGACCUACCUGGGAAGCUGAGGCAGGAGAAUUUCCAGUUCAAGGCCAACCUGGGCUUCCCUGACUCAAGAUAAAAAGCCUCUUCUGUGCCUCGGACUCCUCAUUUGUUUCCUGAGUCAGUCAUACAUUUAAUAUAUAGUAUAGGAAUUGUCGUAGGCUGUGUAGGACUGCAGUUUCACCCCUGCAUUUUGCAGUGCAUGGUCAUUAGCUUUUCAGAAGCUAAUGUUAAUUAGCUUUUGCUAAAUGAAUUUUCAGUUUGUGAUGGACAGCCACUGUUUUGGGAAUUAGAUUGCCUGUAACCAAGUGUUAGCUCAUAAUCAUGUUUUUUCUACCUUAUUUAGUUAGGUCUAGUGACAUUUUAUUUUUAAUUUUUUUAUGACGCAGAUUUAGUGGAUUGAGGUGAUUUGCUAACUCCUGUUUAUGUAAGAUUUUUCACAUGGAAAAAUAAUUAUUUCUAUAAUGUUGCCAAAAUUUGCUAUAUACUUUCCAAACCCACUUAGAAAUAUAUUUAUUAAUAACUGCCUACAUUUGGUAUAUAGUGUCAUGUGUUCCAUAGUGGCAGGUCAAGAUAAAAUGUUGGUACUUUAAGGUCACGCGCUGCAGUGCCUGAGGUUACCCUGUGGGUAGACACUGGCAGACUGGCAUCUCACAGCCCAGGGGCCAAUUCAGUGGAUGCGGCUUCUUAUGUUCAAUGCAUUUCCUUUGGCAGUACGGAGGGGUGAGGCCCUUAGGUCAAUUUUUUAAAUGGCCUUAUUUAAAUUUGAUGUUUUACAAAGAAACUCAGGGAAGGUACUACAACCAAAAUCUCUAAUUUGACUUUUGUGUUUUCCAUAGUGUUUAUUUUGUUUUAUUGGAAUGCUUUUAUAAAGGGAAAUAAUAACCAAGGUCGUUUGUACAACUUUCUUAAUUAUUUCUUCAUUGUUACCUUUUAUUUUACAAAUUUCUGAAUAUGGAUUUAAUUAACUUUUUUUUUUUUUUUUUACCAAUUUCAAGCCUUGUUUUAUCUGCUUUAAAUGUAUAUAAUGAGUACUAUAUGCAGAAAGGAUGAAAAACGUGUUUGAACACAACUAAGGUCCCAAAUUAAUGUAAGCCUACUUUCUGUUAUUUUGGGGGGUGUUUUUGCCUGUGAUUUUUAUUUUUUUUGGCGACAAAUAUAUGUAAUAAAUGUGUUUAUACGUGUACUUUUUAAAAAUAGUAGUAAUCAGUACAUUAUGGUGUGCACCAUGAAGACAGCACUGCAUUCCAUACCUGGCACCAACCAGCUGGUGAGAUCUUAUUUCUCUGAUUCAGGCAUUUUAACAAAUAGUCCAUCUCUUACGAGCUGGGCAAACACAUGCCAAGAAGGAGGGCAGUAAGUCAAGUCAUUGGAAAAUAGAAUGCCAGCACCUUGUGGAACAAUCUUUAACAGCGUGGUGGCACACACCUUUAGUCCCACACUUGGGAGGCAGAGGUAGGUCAAGGCCUGGUCUACAGAGUGAAUCCCAGGACAGCCAGGGCUACACAGAGAAACCCUGUCUCAAAAAACCAAACAAACAAAAAAACAGAACAAAACAACAACAAAAAAACACAUAAAAGAUGCCUGGCAGUGCCACACACUAAGUUAUCUAGAAAAGGAAAAUCUGUGGCACAAAGACAAAGCGGUCUUCAGGUGUCUGGGAAAAGCCUGGAUCCUAAGACUGAAGCAUAGCCGGGCAGUGGUGGCACACGUCUUUAAUCCCAGCACGUGGGAGGCAGAGACAGGAGGUUCUCUGAGUUCGAGGCCAGCCUGGUCUACAAAGCCAGGACAGCCAAGGCUACACAGAGAAACCCUGUCUCGAAAAAGGAAAAAAAAAAUGAGAAGCAUCAAAUUCUCCUCAGUUUCCAGCCCGCUGGCUUGUAGAGCUCAAGAAAUCGAUACCUAAACUUCCACCCUGCUGGUCUGGCCUGGCGACUUUGACCAGCCAGCCUCCACGGUGCCAUGAGUAAUUUCCUUUAACUAGUUGCUUGUUUCUCUGGGGAAGCCAAUAUUGCCACUCAUUUUCUUGAGAAUGCAUCUCUUCAAAUCUCUUCCUUUUUUAACUCAUCCCUCUCGCUGUCUUUUGAGCAGUGGACAGCAACUACACAAUGCACCAUAACCCAGGUGUGAUCCAUGCAGUUGUAGACAUUGUAUCAGUAGGUUGUCAUGCUCUGUUCAAGCUUGAGAACAUGGUUUUGGCCUUCCCAGGUCAAACCAAGCAUGUUUAGCGUGUUUAUGGGUUGUUUGUUUGUUUUUUUGGUUUUUUUCGUUUGUUUUUUGAGAUCUCAUUUGAAUGCCCCAGCUAGACUGAAACUCAGAAAUGUGCCUGCCUCUGCCUCCUGAGCCCUGGAAUGGAUUAGAUAUGCAGCCACCACAUCUGGGUUUUUUAUUUUAGUCUUGUGGGGUGGGGCACAUAUGCACUUGUAUAUUUGCCUUCAGAGGUUAAGAGGCAUCAGAUUCCCUAGACCUGUAGUUAAGGGUGGUUUUUUUCUUUUUUAGCUUUCUGGCAUGAGUGCUAGGAACAGAUGUUGUGUCUGUGUGUGUGUGAGUGUGUGUGUGUACAGAAGACAAUCUGUGGAGUCAUCUACCCUCUACCUGGUGUGGAACCAAACUCGGUGAGUCCUUAGGCUCAGUGGCCAGUGCCGUCUUGUCAGCUCCCUAAGGAUGUUUGUCUUCCAAGCCCAGUAGUCCAGGGCUGGGAUGGUCUCCAGCUCCGAGAAAAGAGAGAAGAGCAAAACAGCCCAAGAGUGAAAAUAACGUGUCCUUGAGAACCAACGUUGAGUAAAGAGGCAGGGUCCCUGAACACCAGCUGAAGGUGAAUCACUCCCCAAACUAAAAAUGCCCCUGGUGGGAAUGGCUUAGGAAGGCUUGCCUGGGAUCCUGUUCAUCAGGAUGUCCCCUGUUUGAUCUGAUGGCCUAGUGGCCUUUUUCACUCUGCUGACGUGCCUGAGGUCAGUCCUGGACAUGUCUCUGCUUCUGUGAAGCAGAAUCUGUGCGCAUCAUCUCUCUUGUUGAAGUUGGCCAAUCCAGAAUAAGGAGAGGGGGACCCACCCUGUACCACUAAAAAUAUUGAUGUCCAGGGAGAAUGGGUGAGGGGGACUGGGUUUUCAAAAUCCCCUCUCCACUAGUGGAGAGUCUGUCUUUGUUGUGAGAGAAUGUAUAUACUUUGGCUUUUAAUAAAACUUGUUUGCUGUUA